CACGGAACGCUGUUUGAGCGCGUACUGUAUUAAAUUGUGGAUUUGAGCUGUGCCUUAUAAGAUUUGUAAUAAGAAUCUAUUACAUAUAUGUGAAAUUUACAUUGAAAUACUGAAAAAUAUCUCAUAACUCGCAAAUCCUGUGCACGGCACUGCAUGUAAUAUAAUACUUUUUCAUAUUAUACUUUAGGUUUAUUUAUUGAAUCAAUCGACUUGAUAAACAUUUUUCUAAUAUUAUAAUGUGGCAUUGGUAAGUGUUUAUCAUAAUAGUACUUACAUCAUCAUUUAAUAAACAGAACAAUCUAAGUUAAUAAUGGAUUUACGACAUAAUUUAAACGAGAAAAUAAGAUAUCAAUCUUUAACAAAGGAAUAUUUACCGAGCGCUUUAGAAUGCAUGAAGAAUUCCUUUUACAAAUAUGAAAAUGUUUGUAAUGCAGUUGGACUACCACAUCAUCCGGAGGCAAUAAGUGAACUAGAAGAACUAACUCUUAGAACAGCAAAUGAUGGCCUAUCAGUAAUUGCCAUAGACACUAAAGAAAAUAUAGUUUGUGGAGUAUCUUUUAACAAAGUACAGGUAAAAAAUAAUGAAGCAGAAGGCACUUAUUUUGAAAAUUUUGCAAAAAAUUGCAAAUACUCCUCAUCCAGAGGUGUAGUUCAAUACAUGAAAGAUGCUGAUUCAAUUUGUGAUUUAUUCGAAUAUUGUAAUGUUGAUUGUAUACUGGAAAUAAUGUUUCUUGCAACAUUACCAGAAUAUACGUCGAAAGGGAUCGCCACGAAACUAUGCGAAUUAAGCAUUGAUUUAGUUAAAAAGUUAAAACAAGAAAUCAAUGUAAAACAGUCUAUGGAUGGACAAGAAAUUCCACUGGAGCCUAUUCCAAAAAUAGCUGCCGCUCUCUUUACGUCUAAUAUAAGCCAAAGGGUUGGAAGAAAAUUGAAUUUUCAAAUUGCUGCUACUGAUAGUUAUGAUAAAUAUUUCUAUAAAGGUGUGGCCUUUUCUAAUGUUAUAGGGCCAACAACACCAUAUUUUACAUUAGAAUUUAAAGUAAUUGAAUAAUAAAC